UAGUCAACGCUGAACAUGGUUAAAAACAAGUUUGCCUUAUUGCCACACCCCACUAAGGCACUAAGCGAAACGAUGAUGGAGUUAUCUGCGACACUCAGAUUCCGAUCACACAACCUCUCCCCUUUUCCAUGUAUACCCACAGAACGCCCUCUCAAUCUUCUCAUACCCACUUCACAAAAAUUCAGUUCAAACACUACUCUGACGGUGGCAACAGCGAAGAAAAAGUCAAACAUUGAAGGUGUGAGCCAAGAGUUGAACGCUUUGGCCUCUCAGAAUCUCGACUUCGCACCUUCGCGACGACGGGUUCGUGAAGCUUUCACGGAGUUGCAGCAGCAGCUCGACCAUUUCUUGUUCAAGACUGCUCCUGCUGGGAUCAGAACCGAGGAAGGGUAUGAAAGGAAUUCAAGGGGACUGGAAAUUUUCUACAAAAGCUGGAUGCCUGAACCUGGCGUUCCACUCAAGGCUGCUUUGUGUUUCUGUCAUGGGUAUGGCAGCACUUGUACUUUCUUCUUUGAAGGUAUUGCCAAACGAAUAGCUGCUUCUGGGUAUGUUGUUUAUGCUAUGGACUAUCCAGGUUUUGGUCUUUCUGAAGGAUUACAUGGUUACAUACCAAAUUUUGAUGAUUUGGUUGAUGACGUUAUAGAACAUUAUACAAAAAUCAAAGAAAGGCCUGAAGUGAGAGGAUUGCCUCGUUUUAUAUUGGGGCAGUCAAUGGGUGGAGCAAUUGCUCUUAAGGUUCAUUUGAAAGAACCAAAUAAUUGGGAUGGAGUUAUCCUUGUAGCACCAAUGUGUAAAAUUGCAGGGGGCAUGUUACCGUCAACUACGGUUUUGAAUGUAUUAAAUCUUUUGUCUAAAGUGAUGCCAAAGGCAAAACUGUUCCCACACAAAGAUCUAUCUGCGCUGACUUUCCGAGAACCUGGCAAGAGAAAAGUGGCUGGUUACAAUGUUAUUUCUUAUGAUGAUCCAACACGACUGAAAACUGGCAUGGAGCUUUUAAGUGCCACUCAAGAAAUCGAGUCACAAUUACAUAAGGUUUCAGCUCCGUUAUUGAUUCUUCAUGGAGCAGAAGAUAAGGUGACAGACCCAUUAGUGAGCCAAUUUCUUUAUGAGAAGGCUUCUAGCAAGGAUAAGACACUAAAGAUCUAUGAAGGAGGCUACCACGGUAUUUUGGAAGGAGAACCUGAUGACAGGAUUUUCGCUGUCCAUAAUGACAUUAUAUCAUGGCUUGAUUUUAGGUGCUCCCUUAAAUGAUAUUUUUGAUCUUAUAAUGAACAAACACCCUUCACAUAUAUGGCACCUAUACAACAGCACCUCUAUUGCCUCUUGUUAUGGUAGUUAGAUGUACAUCUAAUUUGGCUUUCUACUUUAGCAGAGGCUCAUUGAAUUUUCAAAUAAGAUGUAAUCCAUUGGUUCCCUUUGUUGUGAAUUUGCGAGGCCUGCACAAUGAACAGUAAUAAAGUUUUAUACUUCCAUUAUUCAAUAAAAUGGUAUUGUUUCCCUUGU